AUGCGGGCCACCCACCUCCUGCCAGCCUUGCUGCUCCACCAGCUGCUGCUGCUGCCCACCGCCAUCCCCGCGGCAGGUCAGUUCUUCUAUCACUUCGCUAGCGACCCCCGGCCGACUCGCAGCCGCAGCACGGCCCCUCUCCCCCGCUCCGCCGCGGCAGGGAGGGCGCUGGGGCGGCGCGCCGGGCGCUGCCCUCAGGUCGCAGCCCGCAGGUCUGAGCCCGCAGCCCGCAGGUCUGAGCCCGCAGCCCGCAGGUCUGAGCCCGCAGGUGGGGCUGGCAGCGCCUCACCCCGCGUGUCCGGGCGGGCUGGCAGCGCCGCGGAGCCGAGCGGAGCCGGCCGGGACGAGGCGCGCAGCCCUGAGGGAGGCGGGUCCCGGCCCGGGGCUGCGGAGGGGCCGCCGCUGCCAGCGCCUGCACCGUGCGGGAGUGGGCGCGGGGCUCGCUCAGGACUGGCAGAGCUGGGGAAAGGAAAUCGCAUCCUUGCCCAGAGGUGCUCCCGGUCGUUAUCAGAGGGCAAAGGCAAAAAGAGAAAUCCUCUUCAUGACUUCAAAAAAACAGGAGAGUUGAUGCUCAUUAAAGUAAACAAAACACUGGAAGUAAAAACAAAGCUGUUAAAUACUACAGAGCAAUGUGCAAAGAGAUGCAGCAGGAACAAGGGCCUUUCCUUCACUUGCAAGGCUUUUGCUUAUGACAGAGUUACAAAACGGUGCCAUUGGUUAUCCUUCAACAGCUUGACAAAUGGUGUGAGAAAGAAGCAAGACCAUGCGUUUGAUCUGUAUGAAAAGAAGGAUUAUGUCAGAAAUUGUAUCAUUGGAAAAGGAGCAGACUAUAAAGGAACAAUAUCUGUUACCAAAAGUGGUAUCCAGUGUCAGGCCUGGAAUUCAAUGAUCCCCCAUGAGCACAGCUUUUUGCCUUCGAGCUAUCGGGGAAAAGACCUGAGGGAAAACUACUGCCGGAACCCCCGAGGGGAAGAGGGAGGCCCGUGGUGCUUCACCACCAGCCCCGAGAUGCGCCACGAAGUCUGUGACAUCCCCCUCUGCUCAGAAGUUGAAUGCAUGACCUGCAAUGGAGAGAGUUAUAGGGGGCCAAUGGAUCACACUGAGACAGGCAAGGAGUGUCAGCGCUGGGAUCUUCAGAGACCACACAAGCACAAAUUUCGUCCAGAGAGAUAUCCUGACAAGGGCUUUGAUGAUAAUUACUGCCGCAAUCCUGAUGGCAAGCUGAGACCAUGGUGCUACACUCUUGACCCUAACACCCCCUGGGAGUUCUGUGCAAUUAAAACGUGUGAGGAGAGCAUGGUGAACAGCACAGAGGCGACAGCCGAGACCACAACGUGCGUCCGGGGACAGGGCGAGGGCUACCGUGGCACCGUCAGCACCAUAUGGAGUGGAGUCCAGUGCCAGAGGUGGGACUCCCAGUUUCCUCACCAGCACAACAUCACUCCUGAGAACUUCAAAUGCAAGGAUUUGAGGGAGAACUACUGCCGAAAUCCAGAUGGAUCUGAAUCACCCUGGUGCUUUACCACUGACCCAAACAUCCGUAUUGGUUAUUGCUCCCAGAUUCCUAAGUGUGAUGUAUCAAAUGAACAAGAUUGUUAUCGUGGCAAUGGCAAGAGUUACAUGGGGAAUCUAUCCAAGACAAGAUUUGGGCUAACUUGCUCCACAUGGGACAAAAAUAUUGAAGACUUACGUAGGCAUAUACAAAUAUUCAGAGAACCAGAUGUUAGUAAACUGAAGAAAAACUAUUGCCGCAAUCCAGAUGAUGAUUUUCACGGUCCCUGGUGUUACACAGAUGAUCCUCUUGUGCCCUGGGAUUACUGCCCUAUUUCUCGAUGUGAAGGUGAUACAACUCCUACUACAACCAGCUUGGAUGAUACUGCCAUUCCUUGUGCCUCAACAAAACAUUUGAGAGUUGUAAAUGGAAUCCCAACACAAACUAACGAAGGAUGGGUGGUUAGUUUGAUGUACAGGAAUAAGCAUAUCUGUGGUGGUACUUUGAUAAAAGAAGAGUGGGUUCUUACAGCAAGGCAGUGUUUCCCUUCUCGGUACAAAGAUUUGAAAGACUACAAAGCCUGGCUUGGAGUCCAUAAUAUCAAAGGAAAGGGAGAGGAGAAGCGCAAACAAGUCCGGAACAUCUCCCAGUUGGUAUAUGGCCCUGCAGGGUCAGAUUUGGUCUUGCUGAAACUUAGCAGACCUGCUAUAUUGACAAAUUUUGUAGAAAUAAUCCGCUUGCCCAUUUCUGGAUGUACCAUUCCAGAGAAGACCAGCUGCAGUGUUUAUGGAUGGGGAUACACUGGAUUAGUUAACUAUGAUGGCCUUCUCCAAGUAGCAAACCUGUUUAUUUUGGGAAAUGAGAAAUGCAACCAAUAUCUCAAAGGAAAGAUUACUGUGAAUGAGUCUGAAAUCUGUGCUGUGGCUGAAACCGUAGGUGCUGGGCCUUGCGAGCGAGAUUAUGGUGGUCCUUUGGUUUGUGAACAAAACAGGCUGAAGAUAGUAAUUGGUGUCAUUGUUCCUGGCCGUGGAUGUGCCAUUCGAAAUCGUCCUGGGAUUUUCGUUCGGGUCUCAUAUUAUUCCCGGUGGAUUCACAAGAUUAUGAUGACCUACAGAAAACCCUGA